AUGUCAGUUAAUGAAAAGAGUAAAAAAGAAUUGCCAAUUCAACGUGUAGUCCCACGUUUUCCACCGGACAUUACUAUACAAGAAUUAUUAGAAAAAGCAAUCAGUAAAUUGGAACAUACUGGGCAAGUUUCACGGAUUCCUAAUGCAUUUAUCGCCUAUCGUAUGGCUGUUUGUAAGGAACUUCAUUCGAUGAACCAUCCAGUAAUCACGCAACCACAACUUUCGUCAAUCACGCAAGCGUCUUGGGUCGAGGAGCCUGAGCACGUCCGAAAAGAAUAUCAAAGAAUUUCUGCAGAAGCACGAGAAAUUUUCAAAAAAAUCUGUCACGUAUAUAUACCUCCGGAGUAUCAGCAUGAAUUUAUGCCAAAUGAUGCAACACGAAACGCUUACUGGAAUCAUCCUCAAUUCGAUGCUUUUGGUAAUUUCGAUACUUAUACAAGGCAAUAUAUUCCUUGUAAAUUUGACGGUUCUGGUUCUGUUUCCCCAAACUAUUCUUCGUCACAUUACUCGUAUUCGAAUAAUCAAAAUGGAACAAUCCCCAAUAACUUCAAACAAUCAGAACCAUUGCGCAGAUCCGGAUAUAUCAAAUUCGCAAAAUUGCCACGAAAAACAUUUUCAAACAAAUCGGUGUAA